AUGAAAAAGGAUUCAAAAGAAUCUUCUAAUAUAUCAUUCAUUAGAGAUCUAAUAACGGUAGUGGUCAUCACCCUCAUUGUUGGCUUAGGUUAUCCUUUGUUUUUAUAUACAACUUCAAUUUACAGAGCAGAUUUACCAGUUAAUGAAGUCAAUAAUUUUGACAUAGAAUCAAUUUCAUAUAAAAUACCUAUAUAUUCUAAUGAGCCACUUGAUUAUAAUGCAAUUGAAUCUGGGUUUAGAGCGAAAUAUCCUGAGUUGGUGAAGGAAUGGCAAAUUGAAAUUGUCGAUCGACCAGAACAGGCUAAAUAUCAAAUUCAUUUGGAAGAAUCAACUGGCCAAGAUAGUUUUGAAACUAAUGAAAGGGAUAUUGUCAUCAAAGCUCAAUCACAAAACAACUACAAUUCAUACGUUCAAGAAGUUUUAUUUGACAAUGUUUUCAAAGAUGAAUUGGAAACUUUAAAAGCACUCAAAACUGAUCAAUAUUCUUUGGGUGUUGCAUUUCCAUAUAGUCCUCAUUACAAUUUAGUCUUUUCAUUAUUUACUGAGAAUGGGAAAAAUAUAAACUGGGAAAUAGAGGAAGCAUUAAAUCAUUUUCAAUCAGUAUCAGCUUUCUUAAAAAAUAUUACAACAUUUACAAUUAAUACUCAAAUUCAAUAUUAUACAAAACUUUCUAAACACUAUGAGAACAACUACAUACUUGAAAGUGAUUUGAAAACAUUCAUAAAUUUUAAUGACUGGAAUUUGGUCAAUUUUGAUAUAAAUCCAACCAUAAAUUUUUUGGUAUACAUUCCUGAUAAUCAAUUAAGUAUAGAAAAUUCUAAAACUAACUCAUUUUUAAUUUCUCAAUGGGGUGGUAUAAAAUUGUUCAACAAAAACAUGCCAAUGAUGUCAAAUUCAAAAUUAUUGAAAGAAGAUUUGAUACCCAUAAUGAAUAUUUUCACCAACCAGUUAUUUAAGUUGGUCGGAUUACCAGAAGGAUCACAAUCUUUACAAAUAAAAUUAGACUCAUUAGAGAGAAUAUUAAUAUAUAAAAAUAUAAAAAAUUCAUUAAAUAAUUUAAAAUCAUUGAUCAAAUUAUCGAAAUCAUUAAAUGAAAUUACAGUACCAGAAGAAACAAAACAAGAAAUUCUCAAGUGUCUAGAAAACAUUAAGUUGGCUAUUGAAAAUAAAUCAGUUGAAUUUUCUGCGUUAGCUGAACAAGCAUCAAAUAAAGCAUUUUUUGAAAAAGAAAUGGUCCAGCAAGCUUACUUCCCAAGUGAACAUAAGUUGGCAGUAUUUUUGCCGCUAUUAGGUCCAAUUGGUUCAAUAGUGAUCUUUAGUGUAAUACGGUUCAUCAAAAAGUUUAAAUCAACAGGUGUUGUUGGUAUAUAA